CUUUGCUUUUCCUCCUCCAUAGUUGUUGUGGAGGUUUUGCGAGCGCCUCCGAUCCAUCUUCCGGCCGCCGCCACCGCCAUCGCCGACUCCAAGCCCCCGAUAGGUUGAUGAGGGCUUCUAAGAGUUUGUGAUUGCCCAAAGUUUGUCUCUUUUUCAUCGACUGGAACGAAGGUCUCGCUGUGCAAGACAUCUAUAUCUCCAACUUAGGACGGAACGGGCUCGGGAUAUCAAUUCCCCAGUGGUUCUCGCUCCUCCUCCUUUUUUUUUCUUUUCUUCACGACACACGACAACCGCCUGCUAAGAGCUCAAGACGAGGGAAAAGGAAAAGGAAAAAAUGUCCGACAAGCAGGAGAGUGAUAACGCUGAGGUCGUUCAGACCGAGAGCAGAGCCUAUCAGCCGGCAGCCGUACCCACGAACAAAAAGGGAAAGUUUGCGCGUCACCUCAAGCGCUUUUGGUGGGCAUAUCUGCUCGUCUUCCUCUGUGGAGUUGUCCUGGCCGUCUGCUUAACCAUCUUCGUUGGUGUCCCCAGGAUUGCCCAGACCAAGGUCAACGAUGCCAAACUGGAGAUCCAGGGCGUCAAUGUCCUCAACACUAAGCCCGACAGCAUCUUACUCCAAAUCAACUCCACCAUCACUACCGAUGGCUCUAUCAAGGCAAACAUCGAUGGCUUUGAGGGAGUCAUGUAUCUCGAGGAUCUUCCCGAUCAUACGCCUUUCCUGAACGUCUCUUUCCCCGCCACCAAUGGCAACAAGCACCAGCAGGUCAACAUUAGCCAAGAGCUCCAGAUCCAGAAUCACGACGCCUUCAACAACUUCAACGUCUGGUUUGCCUUCAACGAGACUCUCCGUGUCACCGUCGAGGGCCGAACCAAGGUCAAGCCGUCUGGCCUGUCCACGAAAUUUGGUGUUACCUUUAAGAAGACUGUUACCAUGAAGGGCCUCAACAUGUUCAACGGCACCACCGUCACGAACGGCAAGAUCAACAUCUCUGCCAAGAAGGGCCAGCCAAAUUUCAGCGCUACCGCCGAUAUUCCCAACGCCUCCUACUUUACCCUUGACAUUGGCAACGCUACCUUUACCAAUUUCAUCGACGACACCAGCAUUGGCAAUCUCACCAUCCCUAACCUUCUCCUUGUGCCUGGCAGCAACAAGGUCGCCAUUAGCGCCAAUCUCGACCAGGUCGCGGUCCUCAAUGCCGUCCAAAGCGCCAAGUACUGCAAGACUGGAAUCAUUCCCGUCAAGCUCCAGGGCGCCGCUGUUCUCAACGAUGGCGAGACCCUCCAGUAUUUCCUUGACGCCCUGGGUGCCCACAACCAGACCGUUCCUAUGGAUAUUGGUUCCAUUAUCAAGAGCUCUCUCGGCACCACCAUCGGCUGCCCCAAGUCCAGCUAAAAACGCAAACAAACAAACCGCUCAACUAUACUCUGUUUAUGACAACCUUUUUAUUCUAUUUUAUAAUCGCGUCCGUAGAUGGUACCAGGUGAAGGAGGGAUCUUUGAUUUUCAGUUUCUGUCAGGCGGUGCAAAAAUAUUUCUUCUUUCCUGUGGAUGAUGCUUGCAAUUGCGUUUCCUGGUGCAGGGGUACUUAUACCAUUUCACUCACUGAGUGAUCUUUUUCAUUUUAAGGAUGGGAACGAACAAGAAGAUGUGUUAUGAAGCCUCAGUCACGGUGCAUUCUGAUUCAUGAUACCUCCAUGUAGAUGUUUGUAUUUUCCAAGGUAGUGUAGGGGCCGCCCAUGGGCGUGUAAUUCAUUAAUGUUGAGCC